AUGAAGCUCCCUAUUCUCUACCUGGCGUCUCUUGCGCCCUUGGUCGCCGCCCACUUCGAGCUCAAGUAUCCUACCAGCCGUGAUGGAUCUGAAGAGCAGAUGACUCAAUUCCCCUGCGGCGGAGCUGCCCAGUCCAGCAAUCGUACGCAGGUCUCUAUUUCCGCCGGUUCUUUCCCCGUCGCAUUGUCCAUGGGUCAUUCCCAGACUGCUGUCGAGGUUCUCCUGGCACUGGGUUCCGAUCCUGGAACCAACUACAACAUUACCCUUCAUCAGACCUUUGAAAUCCAAGGAUUGGGUGCUUUCUGUCUUCCGCAUAUUAAGUUCGAUGAAUCCAUCCUUGGCACCAACAUCACCGAUGGAAUGAACGCAACUGUUCAGGUCCAGAGCAAUGGUGAUCCCACCGGAGGUCUCUACGCUUGCGCCGACAUCCAGUUUUCCUCCACCGUCUCCUACGAAGAACCGUCCUCCUGCUCGAACAACACCGGUGUGACUGCUGUGGCUUUCACUGGAGCUGCGGCCGAGCGCAACGCCAAUGAAUCCACUGCCUCUGGAGAAGCGCAGAGCAGCUCCUCUUCUAGCACCUCUUCGGGCAGCUCAAGCGCUGCUACCUCCACUGGUGGUGCUGUUGCUUUGGAGACUGCUGCGUGGGGUAUGCUAGGCGCUGCGGUUGUCGGUGGAAUGGCUCUGUUGUAA